AAGCGAUGGCACCAUCCCUCCCGCCUCGCUUGCGGAGUUUACGCUUAAUGGUGCCGGUGGAUUGGAUUUCUAUGAUGUUAGCCUUGUUGACUGGGUACAAUCUGCCGAUGAUGAUAUCCCCGAGGGGUGGAACAGGAGGUAACUGUAGAUCGGCGGGAUGUGCGGCGGAUUUGAAUGGUGACUGUCCUGUGGAGCUUAAGGUUGUGGAUGGGAGUGAAGGGGUUGCAUGUAAGAGUGCAUGCGAUGCGUUUGGGGAUCCCCAAUAUUGCUGCAGCGGAGCUUAUGCUACUCCGAAUACGUGCAAGCCUAGCUCUUACUCCCAAUUCUUCAAGACUGCGUGUCCUACGGCUUAUAGCUACGCCUAUGAUGAUGGAACCAGUACCUUCACUUGUGCUGCCGCUGAUUACGAUAUCACUUUCUGCCCUUCCCCUGCCGCCAGUGUGAAAUCGUCCAAUCCCAUGGCGGUUGACAUCUCAUCAGCCGGUCCUCAUCCCGCAUCAUCAGCUCUCAUUGGCGGCGCCAUCGCCACUUUGGCUGCAAUAUGACGAUUGUGGCAUCUUUUCUGAGAAUAAUGCCACCAUGCCUUUUCCCUUCCGUAUGACAAAUUUUGUCAUCUGAAACUUGGGCAAAUUGCAG